AUGCACAAGAGGCGCGCCACUGGUGGCAAGAAGAAAGCUUGGAGGAAGAAGAGAAAGUAUGAGCUUGGGAGGCAGCCAGCAAACACAAAGCUAUCAAGCAACAAGACGAUUAGGAGGAUUAGGGUUCGUGGUGGGAAUGUGAAGUGGCGUGCUUUGAGGCUUGAUACUGGGAACUAUUCUUGGGGGAGUGAGGCUGUGACUCGCAAAACAAGGAUUCUCGAUGUGGUGUAUAAUGCAUCCAACAAUGAGCUUGUUCGGACUCAGACGUUGGUGAAGAGCGCCAUUGUUCAGGUCGACGCAGCGCCCUUCAAGCAGUGGUAUCUGCAGCAUUAUGGCGUUGACAUCGGUCGCAAGAAGAAGAGUGCAGCUUCUGCAAAGAAGGAAGGAGAGGAUGGUGAAAAUGCAACUGAGGAUGUGAAGAAGAGUAACCAUGUUUUGAGGAAAUUGGAAAAGCGACAACAGAGCCGGGUGCUUGAUUCUCACAUUGAAGAACAAUUUGGAGGUGGCCGCCUUCUGGCUUGUAUCUCAUCCCGACCUGGCCAAUGUGGCCGUGCUGAUGGUUAUAUAUUAGAGGGCAAAGAGCUGGAAUUUUACAUGAAGAAGCUUCAAAGGAAAAAGGGCAAGAGUGCUGCGUAA